AUGGAGCGUUUGGGUUGCCCACCUCAUUCAAGCUUUGCUGAUAUACAAAACCAGCCCCUGUUCCGUUCCAUUGACUGGGUCGCUCUGGAGCAGAAGCGCGUCGUGCCACCCUAUCGGCCUGAAAUGGCGGGCGACCGCGACCUCAUUCACUUCGAUCCAACCUUCACUAACGAGCCUCUCAUCUUUACUCCGGAUAAUCCGUAA